AUGUCGACACAACCCCUCCUACAGCGCACUGCCGCAAAGCGCAUCGCGCUCCCCGUUAAGGUUGAGCCAAAAGUCUCCUUUGCCAACGAGCGAACUUUCUUGUCAUGGCUUCAUUUCACUGUCGUCCUCGGCGGAUUGGCAGUCGGUCUGCUCAAUUUUGGCGAUAAGGUUGGACAAAUCAGUGCUGCAAUGUUCUCCGUCGUUGCGGUUGCAGUGAUGGUAUACGCACUUUGGACAUACCACUGGAGAGCAAACUCCAUUCGCACGGGAGGACGUGGACCAUACGACGACCGGAUUGGCCCAACCGUCUUAUGCAUUGCCCUGCUGGGAGCAAUUAUCGCCAACUUCGUUCUACGUUUCACUUCUCCAGACCUAUGA